UGACUAAACAGGUAAAAUGACACCUUCCUGAAAGAACGGCAAGUUCGAGGAGGCGUCCGUUUGAGCAUGAUCACUUAUCGACCUCACAACGCCCCUCUACCACCAUGAACGACGAAGAUGCCCCAGGCACUGGGACCUCAACACCUCUCGACUCGACACAAAUGUCCCAAAGCGCGUCCAAAGCGGCACCCGUCAAGGACCGGCAAUGUCCCUUCUGCAACCAGUCUUUCACAUCCUCCAGCCUCGGCCGGCAUCUAGACUUGUACAUCCGACCGAAGAACCCAAAACCAGCAGAUGGCGUACACGAUGUCGAAGAGAUCAGGAAGCUAAGAGGUGGGAUCACAAGACGGCAAGUCAAGUCGGGUACAAAAGGUGGGAAUGGGAGCGAGCAGAGAGGCAGCAGGGAGAGCUUCAGUGCGACACCGACCGCUAGCGAGCCCAGUACCGGCCGGGCAUGCAUCACCAACAAGGCAGCAUGGCAAGCUACAGGUGUCAUCAACGACCUCCCACCACGCGCGAUGGAGAACGGACCUCCUCGACCACCGCUCGACGCGGGCGGCAAUAGGAUACAACGCCCGGAGUACGAGAGCGAGAGUAUGCUGAAACUGCAAGAAGCAGCGGAGCUUGGGCGAGCGGCUGAGAUGGCGUUGAGGGAAGUAUUGGGCAAUUUGGAAGCCGCGAAAAAGGCCGUCAAGCCGAAGAAUCUUUACGAUGACUUUGACUUCUACUCGCUGUCUUUCCCAGGCCUCUGUCUGGCUAUCCUGCCUCCGCCAGGCACCCUCUUCACGCCGACUCCGUUUCCGUCCGCCGAAUCCUGGACGCUCGAGCCCCCGGGUCAGAGACAAUACGAAACUAUGAACCGUUUCCUCAAUUUGCGCAUUACGGAACGCCAGGCCUCGGACAAUAUCUCCGAUAGCAUUGCAUUUAAGCAUCAUGCUCACCUCUCCGGCGCAUGGGAACACUGGCAGACUCUCGUACCGAGCGAACGAUCUUCGGCCUGGACGCUGGAGGUCUUGCGAUCCUAUACUCGC